AUGCACCGCUACCUCUACCAGUACCUCUACCUCUACCUCUAUCUCUACCUCUACCUUUGCGCCUAUACCUUUACCUCUACAUCUACCUCUACCUCUACGCUUGCACCUCCACCUCUACCACUACCUCUCCUUCUACCUUUACAUCUACCUCUACGCCUGCACCUCAACCUCUACCUCUACGCAUGUACCCCUACCUCUACCUCUACGCAUGUUCCUCUAACGCUACCCCUACGCAUGUACCUGCACCUCUGCACAUGUACCUCUAUCUCUACCUUUACGCAUGUACCGCUACCUCUACCUCUACGUAUGUACCUGUACCUCUAUCUCUACCUCCACCUCUACCUCCACCUCUACUUCCACCUCUAUGCCUGUACCACUACCUCUACGUCUACGUCUGUACUUCUACCUCUACCACUAACUCUUCCUCUACAUCUACCUCUACCUCUACGCCUCUACCUCUACCUCUACCUCUACUUCUACGUCUACCUCUACCUUUGCGCAUGUACCACUACCUCUACCUCUGCCUCUAACUCUACCUCUACGCCUGUACCUCUACCUGUACCUCUAUAUCUGCGCCUGUAUUUCUCCUUCUACUUCUACCUCAAUCUCUUUCUCUACGUCUGUGCCUCCAACUCUGCCUCUACCUCUACCUCUACUCAUGUGCCUCCAACACUACCUCUACCUCUAACUCCACCUCUACCUCUACCUCUAACUCCACCUCUACCUCUACCUCUACCACUACUUUUACGGUUGUAA